AUGGCGGCUACAAGUGAGACACAGAACGGCACAAAGGCUCCACCUUUGCCUUCUCCUCUCCGCAAUUCCAAGUUUUUGCAGUCCAAUAUGAGGAUCUUGAUUUCUGGAGGAGCUGGUUUCAUUGGUUCUCACUUGGUUGAUAGGCUCAUGGAGAAUGAGAAGAAUGAGGUGGUUGUUGCUGACAACUACUUCACUGGAUCAAAAGAAAACCUCAAGAAGUGGAUCGGUCACCCGAGAUUUGAGCUCAUUCGUCACGAUGUCACGGAGCCUUUGUUACUCGAGGUUGAUCGUAUUUACCAUCUUGCUUGUCCUGCCUCUCCUAUCUUCUACAAGUACAACCCCGUCAAGACAAUCAAGACCAAUGUGAUCGGUACACUGAACAUGCUCGGACUUGCCAAGCGUGUUGGAGCAAGAAUCUUGCUCACAUCGACCUCUGAAGUGUAUGGAGAUCCUCUCAUCCACCCUCAACCUGAGAGCUACUGGGGCAAUGUCAACCCAAUUGGGGUUCGAAGUUGCUACGACGAAGGCAAGCGUGUAGCUGAGACUUUGAUGUUUGACUACCACAGGCAACACGGCAUUGAGAUCCGCAUUGCUAGAAUCUUCAACACGUACGGUCCACGAAUGAACAUCGACGAUGGGCGUGUGGUGAGCAACUUCAUAGCUCAAGCACUCAGAGGUGAGGCACUGACAGUUCAGAAACCGGGGACGCAGACACGCAGUUUCUGUUACGUCUCGGACAUGGUUGAUGGACUUAUCCGUCUCAUGGAAGGCGAUGAUACUGGCCCUAUCAACAUCGGUAACCCAGGUGAAUUCACAAUGGUGGAGCUGGCUGAGACGGUUAAGGAGCUAAUAAACCCGAGCAUAGAGAUAAAGAUGGUGGAGAACACACCGGACGAUCCAAAACAGAGGAAGCCAGACAUUACAAAGGCUAAACAAGUUUUGGGCUGGGAGCCUAAAGUGAAGCUUAGAGAAGGACUUCCUCUCAUGGAAGAAGACUUUAGGCUAAGGCUUAACGUCCCCAAGAAGUAA